UUAUGACACAUGGUGCAAGUUUGUGAACACAAGACGAAAAACCAGGAUAAAGACUGAUUAGGGAUUCAUUCUAAGAGUAACGAUUGUUUUCCAAUUAAGAGAGAGGCUAUACAGUGCCAACUUACUCUGUUGUUAUACGUGAUAACUCAUCUCUAGAUCUGUAGAGAGCAAGACCUAACGAUGGCAGAGAACACUGAACAAAGUGAAAACAAACCCAUUUUCCGAGACCUGACUGCAGACGAGGAAGAUCCUGACAUCACCGAGAUAGAGAGUUUGUGUCUCCAGUGUAAGAAAGAUGGAAUGACUCGACUUUUCCUGACAAGGAUUCCAUUUUUCCGUGAAGUGAUAUUGUCUUCCUUCAGUUGCGAUCAUUGUGGAUACAAAAACUGUGAACUACAACCUGCCAACUCCAUACAGGAACAAGGGGUCAAUUACACUGUGGAGGUCGAGGAGGAACAGGACCUGAACAGACAGAUUGUGCAGUCAGAGAGGGCCACUGUUUCUAUCCCGAGCUUAGAGUUUGAGGCUCCACCAGGCAAAGGAGUUCUGACCACUAUUGAGGGGGUUAUAGACGGUGCAGUGAGCGGUUUGAAUCUGGACCAGCCAUCACGAAGGGAGCAAAGUCCUGAGAUUGCUUCUAAAAUAGAUGAUGUGAUAUUGAAACUGACCAUGCUGAAGACCCUACGAGAACCGUUUACGCUGGUUGUAGACGAUCCCACAGGAAACAGCUAUGUGGAGAAUCCGCACGCUCCCAAGUCUGAUCCUAACGCCAAAGUCAAGCAUUACACCAGGACAGCUGACCAGGAUGAAGCCCUAGGACUGACCACGGAGAAAGAGGACGACACACCGGGAGCAAAGGAUGAGGUGAUGACAUUUCAGACCAACUGUCCCAACUGUAACUCACCCUGCAGUACACACAUGAAGAUGGUCGCAAUUCCUCAUUUCAAGGAGGUCAUUAUCAUGGCAACCAAUUGUGAUGCAUGUGGUUCCCGUACCAACGAGGUGAAGAGUGCAUCUGGCAUCGAGCCAAAGGGCUGCAGGAUUACAUUGAAACUCACGGAUCCUAUAGACAUGUCACGUGAUGUCCUCAAGAGUGAGACAUGCAGUAUAGGUAUCCCAGAGAUGGACUUCGAAACCGACUUCGGUACACUGGGAGGAAAGUUUACUACCCUGGAGGGAUUACUACAGAACGUCAAGGAUCAUUUAAGUGGACCAAAUUCAUUCUUUCAAGGCGACAGUUCCCAACCAGAGAGGAAAUCGAAGCUAGAUGACUUCUGUAAUCAGCUUGACAAGGUGAUUGAUGGGGAGAUGAUGGGGAUACACUUCGUCCUGGAUGAUCCUGCGGGCAAUAGUUACCUACAGAAUGUUUACGCCCCAGACGACGACCCAGAGCUUGAAAUUGUACACUACGAACGGGAUUACGACCAAAAUGAGGUUCUCGGCAUCAAUGACAUGAAAACAGAGGGAUUAUGA